AUGCAGGGAGGCAGUCCGAUGAAAACUGAAAUGGCGUUUGUAGACGGCGCCGAAGAAACUUCUGCGACCACUGCUUCUCUUAAAGGAACGGAGGAACCUUUUUCAGUAGCAGCUGCUCCCUCUACAUUUGUGGGAAAAGUGCAAUAUUAUUAUACAUCUACUGUGGAAGGAACACGGCGUCAAUUGGCUCUUGUACGUCCAUGGAAGGAAUUCUUUGACAGACAAGCCUUUGCCUCUCCAGCCGGUUUAAGUGAUUCUCUGAGUCGACUUAAUCGUAAUAUUAAUUAUUACUAUCACAAUUAUAUUAUUAUGGCACUUGUUGGUUCUUCCUAUGUGCUUCUUCUUAAUCCAGCGUUCAGUCUCUGUUUGUUUAUGACGUUAAUGAUGUGGUGGUAUGUAAGCACUAAGCGUGCAGAGGCGGCGGCAACGAAUAGUAAUCAUUUUACAUUGGCCAAUCGAGAAAUUACUUUUUCACAGGCCUAUAUUUUUAUUAUUCUUUUCGGUGGAGUUUCUUUUUUCCUUUCGAAUGGUAGUUCAGUGGUAUUUUGGUUGGUGCUAUCGUCCCUUGGUAUUGUUGUAGCCCAUGCAGUGCUGCGAAAGCCAACACAGGAGGAACAGCCAUUCUCCUUCGUGUAA